AUGAGUGUGCGAGAUUCUGCGAGUGCCUCAAGUUCUCUGAUAGUUCGUUCGGAGCGCGGUGGGAAUAAUCGUGGUCGAGUUGAGUGGAGUUACGAUGAUUCGUUCCUGGAACUCGAUCGUCCCUUGGAAGCCCUCGCGCUUAUGCACGAGAGUAUAGCGACAACCGUUGGUCUAGGAAGACAGAUUCCCUCUGUCUUCAGCAAAUCGUUUAAUGCUUUAUCCCCUCACGUACGCGACAGCACGAGUGGCAUCUUGAUUGGUGCUGUGAUCGAUGUCACUCGGAGAAUAUUUGAUGCGCUGUGGUCUUGGAUUAGUACUAACUGCACGGUAACCGCAACAUUUGAGUCUGGAAAUGAGGCUUUCGAGUGGAUCAGUGAAUGGCUUGCACAGCAACCGGGCUAUACCUCAUCUCGGGACUUCGACGUGAUCGCAAGACCUCGCACGCGAACAUUGUCCAGCAUCGCCGUUCCUUCACCUGGAAUGUCGGCUUUGUAUUCCAAACACAGCGCGCCGCAUAACGAUGGAUCUUUGGCUCAGUAUCUCCCCUCUCAUGACAACCGACUUUGGAUGUUCUAUGGUUCACGACUCAUGCGAGUGCAACGGAGCAGAAUGUCUAUGAAAGAAGACUACGGACCAGGAUACAAUAUAGAAAAGAUUACUCUAACCUUGUUCACAUUUUCUCGGACGGCACUUCACGAGCUUAUCGAAAAAGCCGCCCAAGAACACCGUGCCCGAGACCUUGCAGAAAUUCAAAUUCAUAUCGGAGAUCAAUAUGGCAACUGGAGACGACUGAGUUCAAAGCCCCACCGCGACUUUGGAAGUGUGGUGCUGGAGCCCGAGGUCAAGCGCCAACUGCUGGAGGACGCGAACGAGUUCCUGGGUAACGAGCGAUGGUAUGCGGAUCGAGGAAUUCCCUAUCGACGAGGGUAUCUACUUUAUGGGACACCGGGAUCGGGCAAGUCUAGCUCCAUUCAUGCCCUGGCAAGCGAACUCCGGUUGGAUAUUUAUAUUGUGCCUUUAUCGCUCAAGACUAUCGACGAUAGUGUCCUGGCCGACCUCAUCUCGAACACUCCUGAUCGAUGUAUUCUUCUAUACGAAGACAUCGACGCCGCAUUCAUUGACCGAUCUGCGGCCCCACCCGUUCAGGCUACGAACCAUAGAGGCGAGAGCGUCGAAAAGUCCGGGGUCACGCUUUCAGGCCUUCUGAAUACCAUAGACGGCGUACAGGCGCAGGAAGGUCGACUGCUAUUUGCGACCACUAAUCAUCCGGAGCGACUUGAUCCUGCCCUGUCAAGACCCGGACGAAUGGAUGUGAAGAUUGAGUAUAGCCAUGCAACUCGGUGGCAGGCCGAGCAGCUGUUCCGGCUGUUCUACCCUGCAGAACCGAACUCUGAAAAGGAGAUCAUGGACAGCUAUGCAAAAGAAUACGCCGAUACGAUUCCACCGGGCAAAUUCUCGGUUGCACACCUUCAGGGAUAUUUGAUGCGAUACAAGGGACAGCCGAAAGAGGCAGCCAAGGGUGCAAAGGAAUGGAUUGAGGGGGAGCUUGCUAAACUAGGUCAAUAG